AUGGCAACAAGGAAACCGGCCACCCCAAUUCUCAUAAUCGGAGCAGGCCUAUCAGGCCUUGCUACCGGACGAAUUUUGACAAACCACAGCAUUCCGAAUAUCAUCUUCGAGUCUUCACUUCCAGAGCGUAGUCAAGGUUUCGCUAUUAGCUUACACGACUGGGGCUAUUCUGCACUUCUCGAGGGUCUUGGCGGAGUAUCCCUGAAGAGCAUGGCCAAAGCAGUUGCACCGGAUCGACACGUUGGUGGCACCGGAUGGGUUGAUUUGUGUAUGCGCGACAACUCAACUGGCGAUGUGCUGGUGGCGCCACCCGAGGAAAACAGGCCUGCGGUGAUGCGAGCGAAUCGCAAUGCUUUGCGGGCAUGGAUUGCUGACUGUGGCGACGAUGACUUGGAUGUGCGAUACGGACACAAGCUGAAGAGCGUGUCUGGGAGAACCGGAAACAUGACGGUCGUGUUUGAAAAUGGAGCCCAGUAUAGCGGCUCCUUGAUUAUCGCUGCUGAUGGUGUUCACUCUGCGGUUAGAUCUCAAAUUCUUCCUCAUAUUACCCCCGAGAUUAUUCCUGUCGUCGUCUAUCACGGCGAAUUCCAUCUGCCUCGCGAAGAAUUUGACGAAUACAUUAAACCCUUUGCCAAUGGUUCAAACAUUUUAGCAGGCGUCGGCGAUGGUUUCAAUACCCCAAUCACAGUCUGCAACAUGACGAAAAACAAAGUUCAUCUGGACUGGUCAUACUCUAGACCAGCUCGUGGCCACAACGACAUAUUAUUUGACAAAGACAUCAAAGCCCAAGAUACGCCCAGCGAUAUCCCCGAGGCGCUGGUGGCAGAACUCUCGUCAGUUAAACUUGCAGAACCGUGGGCCAGAUACGUCAACCCGAAGACCAUCAAGGGGCAUUCGGUAUUCCACUGGGUUAGCCGAUGUGUCUACAUGUCUACGGAAGACGCUAUAAAAGGUGGAAGCCAGGGUGUUGUCUUUGUUGGGGACUCAUGGCAUGCAAUGCCGAUUUUCGGAGGCGAAGGGGGUAACCAUGCUCUCUUGGAUAGUGUCGAGCUUGCCUCAGCUAUCGUAAAUGAUCCAUGCUUAAAGCAGGCCGUCUCUGCUUACUAUAAUGGAGCUUGUAAACGCGUUCAAGAGGCAGUCAAGAGAUCUAAAACUCGGUUCUAUGUCCUGCAUAGGCCCAUGGCGGAAUGGCAGGACAUUGCGGAGAAGAGAAAGCUGAAAAUAGCACAAGCAAACAAAGCCGCAAAAGUGUCGGCUUAG